UACAGAUCCAAGAUGGCGGCCAUCGAAGAUAUUAGAACGAGAGUUCGUCUUGGAGAACAUGGUGUUAUUAAUACGCACAGCACGGAUUUCCCUGGUAGUUACUCUGGAUACGACGACACGUGGACUGAAGAAAAGUUUGAAGAAAAGUUUAAAGUCGAUAUCAUCCGCAUGACAUCCAAUGACAUGGAGUUUGAUAUGAUAGGCAUUGAUGCAUCCAUUGCUAAUGCAUUCAGAAGGAUUCUGAUAGCGGAAGUUCCUACAAUGGCUGUGGAAAAAGUAUUUAUCUUUAAUAAUACAUCAAUUAUUCAAGAUGAGGUCUUAGCUCAUAGAUUGGGGCUUAUUCCCAUCAUUGCUGAUGCAAGAGAAUUCUCAUUUCAUAAAGAAGACGACGAAAACCCCAAGGAUGAUUCAACUUUAAUAUUUGAAUUAAAAGUCAAAUGUACCAAAAAUAAAAAUGCACCAAAAGAUGCAACAGAUCCUGAUGAGUUAUACAUUAAUUCAAAAGUUACUACAGAACACAUGAAAUGGAUUCCCAGCCCACAGCAAGCUAAAAUGUAUGGACCACAAGAUAUCAGACCAGUACAUAAUGAUAUUCUAAUCGCUAAACUGCGCCCCGGACAGGAACUUGAUAUCAGGAUGCAUGCCGUGAAGGGGAUUGGUAGAGAUCAUGCCAAGUUCUCUCCUGUCGCUACAGCGUCGUACAGACUUCUUCCAGAAAUAGUGAUCACAAAACCUUGUGAAGAUGAGCUCGCAGACAAACUCGCUUCUUGCUUCUCGGAAGGCGUUAUCAAGAUAGCAAUUGAGAAUGGAGUAAAAAGUGCGUACGUUGCUGAUGCCAGACGGGAUACAUGUAGUAGAGAAGUACUGAGACAUGACGAUCUCAAAGACCGUGUACGACUGUCCCGUAUUCGGGAUCACUUUAUUU